AUGAAUCUGGCAAAUUAUUCUUACUUCUCUGGCAUGUGCAACAUGACCGCUGAGACGCAGCACUCGCCUGCCGAGGCAAGUCCUAUACAAGUCAUGUCUCCGAAUGUGAGCCUGGACUCGCCGCUGGCUCCGCCGCCUCUGAUGCUGCAGGCCCGGUCAAAGGACAAUGUUUUGAUCAAGUCCGAGCCCCGGGGAACCAGUCCAAACACGGAGGAUGGAGCCGCUCUGGGGCAGACUGAGGAGCACCUGCCCACCGGGAGCCGCCGGAGGAAGAGGCCCGUCCAGAGGGGGAAACCUCCCUACAGCUACAUCGCUCUCAUCGCCAUGGCCAUUGCCAACUCUCCCGAGAGAAAGCUCACCCUGGGGGGCAUUUAUAAGUUCAUCAUGGAGCGUUUUCCUUUCUACAGGGAGAACUCGAAGAAGUGGCAAAACUCCAUCCGCCACAACCUCACCCUCAACGACUGUUUUGUCAAGAUCCCCCGGGAGCCCGGCAGACCGGGUAAAGGCAACUACUGGACUUUAGACCCCGCCGCAGAGGACAUGUUCGACAACGGGAGCUUUCUGAGGAGGAGGAAAAGAUUCAAGCGCACAGACGUGAGCACCUACCCCGGCUACAUGCAAAGCUCCAGCGCGUUCACCCCAACCCCAAUGGGCAGGCCCUCGUACCCGAACACCCUGUACGCUGGGAUAGGGUCCGGGUAUGGCUCCCAGCUGACUGCCACAUCCCCGCAUCCGGCCAUGCUGCAUCACUACCAGACCUCCGCCGGGGCCGGCCAAGGACAGCCGCGCAUGUUCAGCAUCGACAACAUCAUCAACCAGCAGACAGGCCAGGGGGUAGACCUCAACUCCCAGGCGCUUGGUUUGGGUCUGGGCCUGGGAGGAGGUGACCUGGGCUCCAUGACCUCCAACUGCUCGGUCACCGGCACCGACCCGUCUGCGUGCUUCCAGACCCAGACUGGCAACCCCUCGGCGAACAUGCUGAGCAGAAACAGCGGAAACCUCUCAUCCAACCUGGCCGCCGGGUACCCGUACUCCUCCUCCUCGGCCUCUCCUCCAAACCUGCCCACCAUGACCCAGUCCGGUUUCUCUCCGGGGAACUCUCAAGUGUACUGCUCCGGCAACCGGCUGUCCCUGCCGGCCUUGCGCCCGGGCUCCUGCGCCGAGCACACGGAGCAGCUGCUGGGCCUCUCCAGUCCAAUGAACUCCUACAACAACACCUACAUGAGACAAGCCAACUUUGCGUCAGGAUUAGAGCGGUAUAUGUGA